AUUGCGUACUGUGUAUUUUUUGCAUCUAGUCAAUUAUCUGAUUUCCAGCUAAUUACUUGCUUCUUUAUCGAUUCCCGCACUAACAAUGUCCAUCUCCAAGGUAUUUGCUCGUUACGUCUACGACUCUCGUGGUAACCCCACUGUCGAAGUCGACGUCCACACUGAAAAGGGCUUGUUCAGAGCCAUUGUUCCAUCUGGUGCCUCCACUGGUAUCCACGAAGCCUUGGAAUUGAGAGACGGUGACAAGUCCAAGUGGUUGGGCAAGGGUGUCCUCAAGGCUGUUGCCAACGUUAACGAAACCAUUGCUCCUGCUGUCGUCAAGGCUGGUCUCGACAUCACCAACCAAGAAAAGGUUGAUGAAUUCUUGAACUCCUUAGAUGGUACUCCUAACAAGUCCAAGUUGGGUGCCAACGCCAUCCUCGGUGUCUCUUUGGCUGUUGCCAAGGCUGCUGCUGCCGAAAAGGGUGUACCAUUGUACAAGCACUUGGCUGACAUCUCUGGUGCUAAGCAAGACAAAUAUGUUUUGCCCGUUCCUUUCCAAAACGUCUUGAACGGUGGUUCCCACGCUGGUGGUGCUCUUGCCUUCCAAGAAUUCAUGAUUGUGCCAACUGAUGCUCCAACCUUCUCCGAAGCAUUGAGAAUUGGUUCCGAAGUCUACCACAACUUAAAGUCCUUGACCAAGAAGAGAUACGGUCAAUCUGCUGGUAACGUCGGUGACGAAGGUGGUGUUGCUCCAGACAUUGGUUCUCCAAAGGAAGCCCUUGAGUUGAUCACUGAUGCCAUUGAAAAGGCUGGCUACACCGGCAGAGUCGGUAUUGCCUUGGACGUUGCUUCUUCUGAAUUCUUCAAGGACGGCAAGUACGACUUGGAUUUCAAGAACCCAGAAUCUGACCCAUCCAAGUGGUUGUCUGGUGAACAAUUGGCUUCUUUGUACGGUGAAUUGAUUGAACAAUAUCCAAUUGUUUCCAUUGAAGAUCCAUUUGCCGAAGAUGACUGGGACGCUUGGGUUCACUUCUUCGCCAAGGUCGGUGACAAGAUCCAAAUUGUCGGUGACGACUUGACUGUGACCAACCCAAUCAGAAUCAAGACUGCUAUCGAAAAGAAGGCUGCCAACGCCUUGUUGUUGAAGGUCAACCAAAUCGGUACUUUGACUGAAUCAAUCAAAGCUGCCAAUGACUCCUAUGCUGCUGGCUGGGGUGUCAUGGUUUCCCACAGAUCCGGUGAAACUGAAGACACUACCAUUGCUGACCUUGUUGUCGGUUUGAGAGCUGGUCAAAUCAAGACCGGUGCCCCAGCUAGAUCCGAAAGAUUGGCCAAGUUGAACCAAAUCUUGAGAAUCGAAGAGGAAUUGGGUGAAGAUGCCAUCUACGCUGGUAAGAACUUCAAGAUCUCUAACACUUUGUAAUCAUGUCAAUGACAUUUUUACUAUUCAAAAAAGCUUUAAUACGUUCACGAGUCUUACAUAGAUAUUUGAGAUAUUUAUUAUGAACAAA